AUGUCCUUCUUCGGUGCCCUACGACGUCCACCGCGGUUCGCCAUCUGUGCUCCUGCCCGCAGAUGCUACGCUAGCGGGGCAAACCCCUCUCAGGGAGUUCCGGCACCAGCCAAAGCGGACUCUGUAAAAUCUGUAGAGAUUACCGGGAAACAAACAUCAAAGUCGUGCUGUCCAGAAAAUACCGUUCUCGAUGGUCUUGCGUAUCUCAAAAAUCAGCCUCCGGUGCUAGCACAAUCGGACGAUGCGUACCCGGACUGGUUGUGGACAUUACUUGACAAGAAGGAACUUCCGGACGAUGGGCCCGGCGGGAAGGCGGAGAAGCACAUGCUGAGGAAACAAAAUAAGCAGCGGAUUCGGGACCAGAACUUCAUAAGAACACAGUAGUGACCGUAGCGCAUGGUGCGCUUUGCGCAGGGUACCAGACUUGCAGAAGCACCCCACUGCUGCGACACCCUGUUCAUAUAUGUCGACCCAUUACAUUCUGUUGGCUGACAGGUAUCAGGCCGGACUGCGUCACGAACACCCCUUUGUAUGACAGGGAUCGUAUUCAAUGUCGGUUCUACAGCUACAACUCUGAGUAGCUAUAAUAUCGCGUUUACCGAGAGGUGCACAGUGUACUGGCAGAGUAUAGAUGAGCGGAGCCAACCUCACAGGCAACUUCACGGAGCUCUCAUGUAGGGAACGACCCCAACGUGAACAGAGUCUGCUUCUGUUUG